UGCACACGCAUAAUGUUUUUAAAUGCAGUACAGCACCAAGAAAGUGAAAGAAAACCCACAACAGAUUAUAUUAUAAUAUCACAAUAUUAUGGAAUUCACAAUUGUCUUCCCCUACCUUUAAUCUCACCAACUAAUAUUUGUUUUAAAAAUUGCUCUCCCUUUAUCAACAUCUGUCCUGUCUGCUGAAUUGGACCCAGUUUCCAAAACACUAAUCAUGUCUCAGAUAUAACACAUUAAUUCUAUCAUGGGUUCAUCACUGUCCUCCACCACUUUUCCUGGAAUUUUAUUAAGCCAGAUAUCAGUACGUCUGACGAAGUAAAGAAAGUCCUUACUUUAUCCACCUCUGAUGAUGUACUAAGGCAGCUCUGAAGCCAAAGGAGGAUCAAAUCUGGUACUAGCAAGGUUUACCCAAUGAAAUGGCUGGCAAGUAUGUAGUGUUAUUUAGAAAACAUGUGAAUAAAGGACGUGGACAUUUAAGCUAGAGCACAGUUUUAUAAAGUGUGUUCAUGCAAUACUGACAGUUGACAAAAGUCCAGUACAUCAUGUUAGCUUUUGUGGGCAGACCUAAAAACAGAAGGAAAAAAAAACAAACACCCACCCAUUUAAGUGUAAAAACACACUUCCUGGGUCUCACUUCAGUCCCAGACAUUUCAAAGGUUCACUGGUCUGUGCAGUAAUGAACUUUACUUUGAUUUCGACUUUAGGUCUCUGCAACCUCUUCUUGAUUGCAGUCUGCAGGGCUCGGACUGUGGAGGUCCGUCCAGGUGAAGAAGUCACACUGCAAUGCUCCAACAUUUCCACGCACAGUUCUUUAACAUUCUGGUUCAGACUGGUCAACAGAACCAUGGCCAGCUGUAUCUCUGUCAUGUUCAGAGCUGAUAAAAGUGUGGCAUACUGUGAUGGAUUUCAUAACGGAUCAUUUGAAAUGACUUCCAACAGUUCUACUAUCUUCUUGAAAAUUAAACACGCGAGUGUAUCUGACUCUGGACCUUAUUUCUGUGGAUUUUUCACAAUUUUUCCAGUUUUUAAUGUGAUACAUUUAUAUGUUAAAGACUUCAGUGAUACUGAUGAGACUGAGAGCAUCACCAAAAAAGAGUGUGAUGGAAUGUCAAAGCUGGCCGGUCUGAUUUUGGCUCCUCUGACUGUUUUCCUUAUAAAUGCAGUUAUCGCCAUGGCUUUUAAAAUCUGGACACUACAGACAGCUGCUGCUGAAGGACAGAUACUACAGCAAAGUGAGAACCUGGAUUCUGAUGAAGCAGCAAUGACUUUGUACCCAGCAGCAAUAAUAAAGAGAAGGCCUGCAUCACAGAGAGAAGUGGAGACUCAUGUUUUGUAUGUAUCCCAGUAAAUGCUCGGGGAAACAUUGAUAAGGUUUCCCAUAAAUCUGCUACUGGGAUUUUGUGUGUAGUUUAUGACUCUACUGUAAUGUAGAAAAAAAUGUUUAAUACAUUGACAAAGUUUUGUUUAAUGCAAUGUUGUCUUUCAUUUGGAACAAUAAAAUCAGGUUUUU